GCUUUUUCUUUUUUACAUAGACUGGGAAGAUCUCAUCAGACAGCUUCCAAAAAAGCUUUUUUGAAUGGGCUGCUGUACAAUAUGAGGUUGACUCCACCUGCAAGGAGGAGAAAUUCAUCUGUCCUGCCUGUACCCCGGCAAUGCUUGCUGUCUCGGUGGAUGGAAACCGCAAGCAUUACCGCUUCAAAAGUACAGCAAGAUCUCAGGAGCGGGCCAUCUUUGACGGUGUCUUCAUUGCAAAAGAUGAAGAUGUGACCAGAUUUGUGGAUCACAUCCACAGCAAAAAUAAACAUGUCGCUGGAAGGAGCAAUUGUGGUGGGGAGUGGUCAGCUGCCAGAGAGACCUCCCAAAGAUCAAGCAGUAAGGUGGAUGAGACGGGACUGGAGCUGGCAGUGUGCAGGCAUGGUGUCUUGCUGGCUGCCCUUAAUAUGUUUAGGGGUGAAAUAUUUGCAUACCCCAUGUUUUUGCAGCAGCUGCUGGCAUCCAAACAUGACGUCACCUUUUUUUGUAUGGAUGUUGUGUGCAAAUAUUGGCCAUACCUGCAAAGAAUAAGUACCAACUGUCCCGAGCUCCAGCCCCUUCAGAAUAUGAGGCCCUUCCUGUCGGUCGUACAUGCUAAAGCGCAUGACUUCAAAUGUGAGGUGAAAUGGAGUGGCACAAACCAAGAAGGUGCUGGUAAAACACUAGGGGAGGAAGUAGAGCAAUGUAAUGCUUUCCUCUCCAGGAUAGCAGUCACCACAAAGCAUAUGUCAAAAGCAGGACGCAAUGACAUGCUGACACUCCUGGCCAUAAGAUGGAACCAGCAGAAAUGUCAAAACCUGGCUACUGGACUUUCCCAGAGAUACCAUAAGACAUCUAAAGCUCUCAAUAUCCAGAUGGGGGACCUGGAAACCCUGAAAGCCCAGCAUCAACUGGAUGAACAAACUGUGGAAGAAUUUGUGCAAGAAGUAAAAGAAUGGGCAGAUGGAGAAACUGACCAUCAAGGCACACCACAAGCUUUGUGUAAGAAGAUUGAGGCCCUCACAACCAGCAUCAAGACGAGAGCUCAACUCCUAUAUCGGAAAAAUGACAGCAACAAAGGUCGACAUAGAAUUCGCAGAAAAAUAAGGCAACAGAAGACCACUUUGAAGGCCAUGGUGGCAGAAUACAACAGUCUCGUUCCACACGAGCAAGCGGUGUGCAUGGAUAGCGUUCUGGACACAGAACAUCCCUGGCCUUGGCAAAUUACACAGAGUGGCUCUGCUGAUUUUAGCACAAAGAAAGAAGUCUUCGAUAGGGUCAUGGGUGUUCGAAGGCUUCAAGAAGAAAAGAAGAUCCUUGUGAAAGAGAUGAAGCAGCACUGGGAGUCUCUCAAAGCCCAUGCCAGGGUCUUGUCUGAGUUGUCUCAGCAUCAGAGUGAAGACACCAUACAAAGACAUCUCACAGAGAAAGCCACAAAGGGUCACACCUGCCUCAUCCUCAGAAAGCAGUGGGAAAUGAGAGAGCUGCAGCGGCAUAUAAGAAAACACUACCUGCAUGUGCUGUCAUCAGCAGAUGACAUAAUGGACACAAUUGACAGUUCAGAUGAGUUCGACAUAAGCUCUGAAGAUUCAGAGUCUGAUGCAAUGUAAAACAGGAAGAAGAUGUGGUGCUCAUGAUCACAGUGACACAUGGUCACACACAGCAUGUGGCUUUUAAAAAGUAACCAAUUAUGUGGUCAUUGUCAGGAUUAAGUUGGAGAUGACAGUUGUAGUUUUUUGUAUUUGGUUGUGAAAUGUUUCAUCACUUACAUAAGGUUUGAUUUUUCUACUGGGUUGUGGGAAGUUCCUGGUUAAUGUUGUAAUACAUCUUUACAACACAAACCACUGUCCUUUACUGUCUUAUCUUUGAUUCAUGUUCAGUUCAGAGUUCACAAAAGCACAAUAAAACUACAUUUCUGAUUGAGUCCUUAAA